AUGUCCGGAUACCGCGUAGAGGUUGCUCCCUCCGCCCGCGCAGGAUGCAACGGCCCCAAGCCGUGUCAUGGUACCAAGAUUGCCAAGGGCGAACUGCGCCUCGGCGUGUGGGUCGCGUUCCAAGACCGCGGGUCCUUCAAGUGGCGCCACUGGGGAUGUGAGUGCACCUCGGAGAAGGUCAUCAACCACCUGAAGGAGGACUACGACGAGGCAUCCGAGCUGGACGGCUUUGACGAGCUCCCCGAGGCAUUCCAAGAGAAGAUCAUCGAGGCAUGGAAGACGGGUCACGUAGACCCGAGCGACAUACCCGAGUCGGCGAAGAAGGGGGAAGACGAUGGCGAGGACGACGAGGACGGGUCGCCGAAGAAGGCCGCGCUCAAGAAAGCCGCCGCUAAGAAGAAGGCGCCGGCGAAGAAGGCGGCGGACAGCGACGGGGACUCGCCCAAGAAGCCGGCGAAGAAGGCCGCUGCGAAGAAGGCGCCAGCCAAGAAGUCUAAAGUGAGACCUGGGCGGGACUAG